AUGGGUCAUGAAUGUAUCGAUGCAUCAAAGGAGUUCAAAUUUGGUGACGAUGUCAAAAGUGGAGUGACUGAGAUUGUUCUUGUUCGCCAUGGAGAAACCACUUGGAAUGCUGCUGGGAGAAUCCAGGGACAGAUGGAGUCAGACCUUAACGAAAUUGGACAAAAGCAAGCUGUUGCAAUCGCUGAGAGAUUGGGAAAAGAGGAAAAGCCCAUUGCUGUGUAUUCAUCAGACCUCAAGCGAGCCAAAGACACUGCUCUGAUGAUCGCAGAAUCUUGUUUUUGUUCCAAGGUGACUGAAGUACCUGACUUAAAGGAGAGGCAUGUAGGUAGUCUUCAAGGGUUGUAUUGGACAGAAGGAGCAGAGAAAGAACCUGAAGCUUACUCUGCUUUCUUUUCUUCCCAAAAUGACCUUGAAAUUCCUGGAGGAGGAGAGAGCUUUGACCAACUUUGUGAGAGAUCCAUGAAUGCUCUUGAGCAAAUUGCCAAGAAGCACAAAGGAGAGAGAGUGAUAGUGGUGACUCAUGGAGGAGUGUUAAGGGCAAUUUACUUGAUGAUCACUAAAGCUUCAUCUGCUGGAAAACUCCUAAAUGCUUCGGUGAAUGUCGUUCACUACAGUGAGGAGAAAUGGAUUAUUGAUUCGUGGAGCGAUGUUUCACAUCUCUCCUCCGUUGGAUUUCUCCAACGUGGAUUUGAUGGAGACGCCAAGGCCUAGAGAAACUAUCAUCAUCUCUCAUGUUCUUAUGUUGAUC